AUGACUUCUCGACGCUUCUACUUCGACGCGUCGUCGGACCCUCGGCACCAAUAUGUCCACCUGAAGCGCACACGCUCUCACCAUCGCCAUGGCCGCCACCACUACGACCGCUGCUGCCGCGACGACUGCUGCCAUAUUGGCAAGGACGAAUGGAACGACCUGGUGGAGCGAGAGCGCAAGCUCCGCGAGGACAACGAGUGCCUAGCCCGCGAGAAUAACCAACUAAAGUGCGACUUCCAGGCCGCCGAGACCGAGGCCCGAAGGCUCGCGGGUAUCGUGCCCGUCAUUCACGCGCAGAACAAGGCCCUCAAGGAGGAGAACGCAGCGCUGCGCUGCUCGAUCGAGAAUGCAGGCGGCAACGCAGGCAAAUACCAGCGCGAGGUCGAGAGGCUGCGGCACAAGCUGCACAGGAUUGAGAGAGAGCGCGAUGCUCUAAUUAUCCGCGUCAAGGAGCUCUCACGGCACUGUGGGCCAGACCGCGCGGAGGACCUGAGACGCAUCAUCAUCACUCUGGAGCGCAAGUUUGACGUCGUCGACGACCACAACAAGCGUCUGAGACGGGAUAUCGAGGACCAGCGGUGCAUUAUCCGGGAGCAGGACGAGAGGCUCAGCGUCUAUGAGCGGAUUCUGCGCCGCCAUGGUCUGAUUAGGUGCAACUGA